AUGCAAAAUGAAAUUUCUCAGUCUAAUAUUAUAACAGGUGGGCAAUCGUGGUCAGGACUUAGUGCAGUAGAAAAAAAUACAAAAUCUAUUUUGUCAGUUUAUAAUUCUAUAAAAAGCAGUUUUGGACCGAUGGGUUUAGAUAAAAUGCUUGUAAAUGCUGCUGGUGACGUUAAUAUUACCAAUGAUGGUGCGACAAUAUUACAAAAUAUGGUUAUAGAAGAUCCUGCAGCAAAAAUAUUGGUUGACUUGGCUAAUACUCAGGAUAAAGAAGUGGGGGAUGGUACGACUGGUGUUGUUCUUUUGGCCUGUAGUCUGAUUGAAAAGGGUUAUAAAAUGAUUCAAAGUGGAAUGCAUCCUUCUGUAGUUGUUAAUGGGUACAGAUUAGCUUACAGAGAAGGAAUACAACAUGUUAAGAAAUUGUUAACGAAAGACAUUAAAUUGGUUGAUGACGAUUUACUUCGUAAAAUAAUAACUACGACAAUAUCAAGUAAAUUGCUUAAAGAAGAAAAUGAUUUAUUUUGCGAUAUUAUCAUUAAAGCAAUAAGAUCUAUAUCAUAUACUGAGAUAGGAGGUAAACAUCAGUAUAAUAUUAAAGAUAUUAAUAUUCUUAAGCAUCCUGGCGGUUCUAUGAAAGAUAGUUUUUUUAGAGAUGGAUAUGGUAUGAAUUGUUAUAUUGCAUCACCUGAUAUGAAAAAGCAAAUUCAAAAUGUAAAAAUAUUGUGUCUUGACAUGUCAUUACAGAAAUACAAAUUGCCAAUAACAGCAUCUGUAACAGUUAACGAUCCUAAUGAAAUGGAAACAAUAAGAAUGAAAGAAAUUGAAAUUGCUAAAUCUUUAAUUAAACUUAUUGUUAAAACAGGUGCCACUUUAGUUUUAACAACUAAAGGAAUUGAUGAUCUUUGCACUAAGUUACUUUCAGAAGCGGGUAUUGUAGCUAUUAAAAGGUGUAAAAAAGAAGAUUUAGAAAUUAUUGCUAAAUAUUCUGGCACUGAACUUUACUAUAAUAUAUUUGAAAAUGAAUCCUAUAAAUUGGGACAAGGCAGAUUAUUUAAAAUGGAGCCAAUAGGAAAUGAUGAAUGCGCUUUUAUUUAUGGACUUAAUAAAAAUUUAGGAACUAUUAUUUUAAGAGGUCCUAACACUCAAAUACUUGAGGAAAUGCAUCGCUCAUUAAAUGAUGCAAUGAACAUUGUUAAACGAACUUUAGAAAGUAAAUGUAUUGUAGCAGGAGGUGGUGCAGUAGAAAUAGCCUUAAGUAACAUUUUAGAAACAUUUUCUAUGUCUAUUAAUUCAAGAGAGCAUAUUCCUAUUUUUUUUUAUAGUGAGGCUAUACUUUCUUUACCAAAAAUAUUGUGUAUGAAUGCAGGACUUGAUUCAAAUGAGUUGAUAUCAAAAAUUAUUACACUUCAAAAAUCUAAAUUUUCUGAUUAUUUUUCAUAUGGACUUGAUGUUGUAAACAAUGAAAUAGGUGACAAUUUUAAAAAAGGGAUUGUAGAACCAAUGAUGAAUAAAUUGAAAGCGCUUAGAACUGCUACAGAGGCAGCCAUUAGUAUUUUAAGAAUUAACGAAAUAAUUGAAUUUCCAAAUUCAAAAAAAUAA